AUGCUGCCCGCUGCCGAGGCGAGCCCCCCAAAGACGCAGCGAUGGGCCAACGGGCUGACGCUCAUCCACGACUUCAUCACGGAGGCGGAGGAGGCGGUGAUGAUUGCCGCCUUCCACGACGCCGAGCCCGACGGCACGACGUUGACGCCGCCGAGGAGGCGCGUCAGCCAGCACCACGGCCACCACUUUGACUACACGACCUUUGGCGCGUCCGAGACGACGUUUACGCCGCCGCCAGACUACGUCAGGGAGCUGCUCCCGCGCCUGCCCGUGCAAGAGUACCUGCCGGACCAGUUCACCAUGCAGUACUACCCGCCCGGCGCCGGCAUCCCGCCCCACGUCGACACGCAUUCCCUCUUCGCCGAGGCCCUCUACAGCCUCUCGCUGGGGAGCGCCGUGCCGAUGCGGUUCCGGAGGUGCGACGCGCGGGACGCCCGGCGCAUGCGGCUGCCCAAGAGGUCGCUGGCGCGGGAGCCGAAGCGGCCGGCAUCGACGCCGGGAGCCGAGGCGGAGGGGAUGGCGCGGCGCGAAGGAGGGGGGGAGCCCGAGAUGGAGCCCGAGGAGACGGAGCCCGAGGAGACGGAGCCCGAGGAGACGGAACCCGAGGAGACGGAGCCCGAGGAGACGAUGGAGCUGCUCCUCCCGCCGAGGUCUCUGCUGCUCAUGAUGGGCCCGUCGCGGUACGGAUACACGCACGGCAUCCGGGGACGCAAGACGGACCAGAUCGACGGCCGCACCGUCGCGAGGACGGGCCGAUACUCGAUGACGAUGCGGACCGUGAAGCGGGGGGCCGACGCCGGCUGCGACUGUGCCUUUCCCGGCGUCUGCGAUGCGAGGAUAGCGGAGGAGGCCGAGGCGCGGGCGGAGAUACAGGAGGAGGCCGAGGCGCGGGCACGAGGACACGCCAAAGCGACGUCUGCAGGGGAACGACAGUCUCGUCUCCCCCCCUCGGCUCCGCGACCUCGACCGUCGACAAGCGGUACGGUACGGUCCGGGGUGUUGGAUGAGAGGUCGAUUGCUUGA